AUGGCACACGUAUGGCUAGACAAUAUCGAGGUCCUAAUCGAUGCUAUCCAGAUGGUCGAAGCCGAGAAGGAAACCAUCGAGAAGUACAAGCAAGAACACGCUACAAGCAUGAAACAACUGGGCGUCAGGAUGAAACUUAUCAAAGCCUCUGCAGAGGUUUUUGAUCAGUUGGAGCCCAAUAUGUUUGAAGAUUGGCAAGACUUGGCUUUUCGAAUGAACGGUUUUGUCAAUACUUUCAACGAUAUUAUCGUCAAGAACUCCUCGGAUCGGAUGGCAUUCCAUGCUCGCAAUCAGAUGGCAGACAUCGAACUAGAGGUGUUGAGACGGGGACACCUACUGAAGAAGAAUAAGCUUGAUCUAGAUCGCAUGCACGCCGCCGAGGCAGAAGCUGAAGCAUUGAGCGAGGAGAACAAGAACCUGCGGAAGAGCACGUUCAACGAGGCGAUCCGAGAGGGAGCAGCUCGCAUGCGUACGCAGCGAGAUCUCCGUCUUCACAAAUCACAAGGGGUUUAG